AGCCAAUCGAUGAGCUACGGCGUGGCAACCAGGGGACAAGCUUUUCCGGGGAUACGCAGGAACACCAGGCAGUUAUGGGUUUGCCUCCAGCAAGUGUUGCAGAGGCAGGGGCAUUAUCUAGCAGCAUUUUAGGCGUGGCGCCCGAAGUGUUGGAUGAAGAAGGAGAUUUCCAGGAUGCGUUGGAAGUAACUGCACGGAUGGCCAAGCUGACAAAUGAUGAGGGUUCGAUUUCCAGUGGGACAACAAGCUCCUUCGUGGAUACGCAGGUACACGAGGGGGGCAAAUGCGCUUCGCCAGGCAUGUGUUUGCCGAUCGAGUUGAACACGGCGGGAGGGCAGGUCAUGAAGACGAAACAGGACGUACCGCACGACAGACAGUGUACAAGUCCUAGCGGACAUGGUCAGGAGGGUCAAGUUAUACUGGGCGCUGUUGUGAAGGGGCGAAGCUGUUUGGAGCUCUUAGAUCCUCGUAUUGCCCCCAUCGCUGUCCACAGGUAUUCAGAAACGUUGCAAAGCAGCAACGAAGAAUCAUCACCGAGAGAAUCGCCACAAAAGCUGACGAUGUUACAGAAUUCUGCGGAGAAUUGUCCCGUUAAUUCUCUAUCUCCAGCGGCUCUGUUAAGUUCUGGAGAAAUUGUAGUAGCCGAUUGGAGGGAGAGCACUGCGAGUGGAUGUGGUGCGGUUGACAGUGAAGGUAGACAACUGCAACAGCCGCAUGAACUUCAACAGCUGCGAUGCCCGGACGAACUGGGAACAACCGAAUUACAAAACUGUCCUAGAGAUCAUUUUGGUAGUCCAUCAAUCUCGACGAACCCAGAGAGUGCUGCAUCUCAAUAUACCUGCUCCCAAAGACUUGAUGGCUGGAACGGUAGGCAUGACAACACUACCAAAAGCUGCAGUGCACCAAGCGGAGGUGCGCAUUUCUGUUGUAUACACAUGCCUACUGAACAAUACUACAUUGGUAGUAGGAGCAGCAGCGAGGCGUCCAGUAGCGGGAGCAACAACGGCCACGAAGACUGUAGCAGUGGCAGUGAAUCUCUUAGCGGCAGCUGUGACAGAAGCCGGAGCCGGAGCAGCUGCAGCAGUUGCUGCAGCGAAGGGAGAGACCAGAGCGGCGAGAAUAUUCCCACAAAUAGCAGGGAUUCCAGUGUAUACGAGACGUUUAGUUCCUGCAUGGAGUUUCCUAGCAAAUCCAUUGGGUGGAGGGAAGACUCUGACCCACGGCAAGUAGGGAUCCAGGGACGGGUACCAACCCAGUUGCUAUCCAGUGCGUGGCGAACUUUGGCGCGGGAUAUCAUUGAGGACGACAACGCGAGAAAACCCUCCAAUGAGACGACGACGACUUUUGCGCAGGCACCACCUCCCUGCACAAAUGAGAAAGAGGCCCCUUUGCUGCAUACGCUCACUGAGGGGUUAGCAAACCAAGAAGGUGUUCAACGGCAGGCUCUGAAUGAAGAGGCUCGUGGUUCAUCACCCACCCGCAGUAUGCUUCCUGCUUCCAGUUCCCAGGCAGUUCUUGUUUCGCGGCAGGUGGCAACUCAUUGCCCGCCUCCUCCAUUUGGUCUUUUCUCUGCGCUUUCUUCUUUAGCCCACCCAGUGUUUGCUUCACAGGAUCCCCGAACCAGCGCCUCUCAAUGCAAAGACGUGGCGCAUCGUACCCAGCCCAAGGGAGCAGUGGAGUUGGGUUUGGCCGAUGCUGCACAGGACCAGACCCGCCAAGCACCUCUGCUCCCUGACACCCAUACUGGAGUGCAGGUGUCUAUUGGAGCCUAUCGGAAAGGGAAAAAGGCUGACAACGAUCAGCUUGAUUCUCGUGACCUCGAAGGGCGCCCUUCCAUACCAGACAUUGUUUUGGACUCCAACGAAGAAGCUGGAAUUCAUAAGCAGUCUCUGGACAGCCGCUUACGAGAACGCUUGGGAGAGAGAUAUAUGGGCGAGCAACUGCCGAACUCAGAAGAGGAGGGCUUUAAUAGCCCCUUUGGGCCUGCUGGCGGUGUACUGUCACUCCGGGGUACUAGUUUGCCAGAGCGGGCUAUUGCAGGAGAGUGUCGUGCCCUACAGGAUGCAGAUGGUAGACACACCAGAGCCGUCGAUAGCGCUAAGAAACGGUACUUGAGCAGCGGCAACAGAAACAACCGCAAGGGGAGCCAUCUGGACAAGGACCAGCUCGCGCUGACAAUGCACGACGGUUUUGGUAGCAGAUAUCCAGCUCUACGGCGCCACAGUGGACGUUUGCAGCUGCCUCAUGAAUCUCGAAGGCUAUGUAGCGGUCUGUUGGCGCCUAGUAAGCAGGUUCAAGUGGAGUCUCGGGCUAAUUGUUUAAGGAGGUGCGACAGCACAUUUACUAGACCUUCCCCGCCGGCGUAUAUGAGUGUGAAUCGAGUCCAAAAUCACGAUUUGCUCGUUCCCGACGUGUCCGGACAACUGGCCGAAGAUGCAGUCGAUUCGCCGGGCCCCCGCAGUACGGACACUGAAGCAUUCGAAAGCUCAUUAUCAGCUGCAGAAAAUCUUCCACCGUCAUUUCCUACUAGGGAGGUCUUGCAUCAGCAGUCUCCCGCAUCUGAAGGAGACAGGCGUUACUCAGUAUACGGAGCUUUCCAGUCCGCAGAGCCUAGGAUUGUUGGGGAUUACGACGGAGGGAGACGUGGAGCAGCGCAGAGGCACGUCAGCGCUGAAGAACCACAAAACCGUCAGACGGGCUGUUUUUGUGGGCCGUCUCUAGUGACUUGUGAAAACACAAAUCUGAAUGCGACAACCGAUUCCCCAGGGACAAGGAGUUUUUCUGACACACCCGCUGAUAUGGAGUGUGGGAAUAGGCGCCACACUCGAUGGUAUUCAUGCGGGGAUCUUCUGGCAGACUAUGGAAACGCUAGGACUCCCAAUGAUUACGAGCCUUCCGGUGGUCGAAAGCUUGAGAGGUUGGCAUUGCAAAUGACUCACAAAGGAACUCGUUCCUCAGCACAGGAGUCAUCGCCGUCAGAGCCAACGUUAGCCAACUCCAUGGCUUUGGGGGCUUUGAAGUCGUUGGACAUGGAGACAACAAACCGUAUUCUGGAGAGUGCCGUGGACGUGGCUCUGCAUAAGCAACCUCAGGGCAAAGGCGGACGAAUAUUUGCAAGCCGCUUACGGAGUGAAAAGCUAAAAAUGUUAUUGGGGAGGGCAGGAGAUAGGAAGCCCUCUGUGGCUGGCAAUCCCAACGUUUCUGCAUCAGCCACUGCAAAUGCGCUAGGGGGUCAUCCUACUGCAGUUGAAUAUAAUGAAAUGAUGGCAAAGCGACUAGCGCUUAAGAAGCCUACGUUGGCUUGCAGGGUGCCCCCAACAAUUUUUUGUGGUAAUUUUAUGUCUGCCUCGUCUUUGUGGACUCUGCAGCUUAGGCGACCAGUCGAAGAAGGUGGACGACCCUUUUAUUCUUCAAGUUCGUCAGGACCCAUCAGGAAGGAGCAUCCUGAUCUGGAAUAUUCACUCCCGAAGGAGGGUUACCUUACUCAGGAGAGCUUCAGGAGUGCUUCGUCUGGAGAGACCCAAUUUGCGCCACCAGCUCAUCGAGCCAAGUGGCUCCUGUGGGACAAACUUUCACUGCAGGAAGUACUUGACUUCCCCCUCUUCGAACCCGGCGCGUCAUUGUCAAGAAGAGAAUUUUCUCCUGUAGAGCCUAGCAGUGCCUCAACAGCCACGAUUUCACAGUGCAAAGCCAGGGAGAAAAGCAGAGUACAGUCCAACACUAUGCCGAGGCCGAGGAGACCAUGGGCAUGCGGGGAGCCGGUUUCGGUAGCACAAGAGGAGUCGAGGUCGGCGAUUCGCACUUUUAUUCACAGGCCGGGUUGCAGAUGCGCCCUUUGUUUGCCAGCGUUGGGAUUGGCUGGACAGCCAGGUGGCGCCCCAGUUGAACGACAUGGGGACACGUAUUCUUCUCUUGAAGUUCCAAGCCCACGAUUCCAGGCAGGGCUCCCAGUAGUACCUUAUCCACAGGGAAACUACGUAGCAGCCUCGCCAAUGCGUAUCCUUUCGACUCCUCUGGGACCCUACCCUGGCUAUGGCCCAGGUGGCGGCAACACUGUUCGUGUAGAGUCGCCGACCCGCAUACGGUACGAAGUGGGUGAGAACAUCAUUACCCCAACCGGCUAUUUCGAGCACCAAGGGAACAAAGCUUCAAUUCCCACAAUGCAAACGGCUUACACGGUGGAGGGACUGCAGACACCACGAGUGCAAACAGUUUCUUGCAACGACUGGCCUCCUGCUCAUCAGCCACAGAUCUCUGAGCAAAUGGGUGCCCACCCGACGACGGGCUAUCCGCUUGCAACAGACGAAAAAUAUCAGGACAGACACUCCCACGGAAGAUCAGCCUGCGUUCCCUCAUCUCUCCCUGGUGCAUCACCGCAUGAUCCGGUGCCUGGUAAAAGCCCUUUAUCUGCAGUUCCAAGCAGGGCCGUAAGCAAUGAUGAACUGGAGAAACUCCGAGCGCAGCAGGAGCAGCAGCAGAAGGAAGCAGAGGAGCUAAGGCGAAGGCAAGAGGAACUUGAAAAGGAGCAAAGUAAACAGAGGGAGGAGUUGGAGCUGGAAAGACAACACUUGAAGGAGCAGAGAGAACGCCUAGAAGAGCAACGCCAUGCGUUUGAGCAAGAAAAACAGGAAAUACUGCAUGCUCAGAUGCUGGCCAUUUCCAAGGAACGGAGCAGGGGACCUGACUCAAGCAGUUGUGUUGGCAAGGGCAUACCAGAUAGGUUGCCAGUUAGCAAUGCGGACGACGCCUUCGAAUCUCCACGGAGUACAACCAAUCGGAAGCAGCAUGGCCAUCCUGUUCGGCAUACAAAUUCCACUGCGAACAUCGUACGGUCGAUAACUGGAUCCGCAUUUGGUGAACUCCACUCAGACGGACGGCAUGGUGACACGGCUGUUAAUGCAGAUGGCACAGACGAAAAGGCGUCAAACACAGUCGGCGGCCGCCAGGAAAAUCUCCAGCCCACAGCUGCAUGUUCUCGCUUCUUCAGCCGCACAGCAAGCGUCGACACAAAUGACGAGAAAGAGCCUACGAUUAACUCUCAAGAUGAUUUACAAACUGAUCCUUCUAUGGCGCUCUCCACGGCUUUGGACAAGCUUUCUAAGAUCCGCAUGAAGCUUGACGCCCUGCAGCAACAACUGGAAGUGCAGUCCCAAGAGGUCUCGAGUUACUACAAUGCUCUUAAAGCAGCUGACCAAGUCCACAGCUCCUUGCAGCAGACUGCCGCCGACUGUCGUGUUUGCUACGGAAGACGACACACACAAAUGCAAGAGGUUGAGAAGCGCCUGAGCGUCCUGACGGCCCAAGAUCUACAGCCGUGCUCAGUGGACGAGCUCGAAGAGCUUGCGCAAGAAUUGGAAGGAACCCAGUAUAAGUUAACCGUUGUCCAGGCGCAGCGAGCAGCGGGUGCAGCAGAGGAAACCCACAAGAAACCAAAACAACUCCUGCCAUACUCCUCCAGCUGCCUUCCAGAGCCGAAGUCUUCAUUCGCAAUCCCCGAGGAGCCAGUUGCGAGGAUUGGUCCUGACGAAUGCGUUGCUGUACAAGAAUCGGCUUUGCAAGAAAUCAAAGCUUUGGGGGAUGACCUGGAGCACAUUAAAACUGUCCACAGCGAGUACAAAAAGGCUUACAAGAGACUGCAGGGAAUCAUGGCACAGCAAGUAAAUAGCUAUGACGUUGACCUGCAAAGACUAAUCGCUAUCGAGAAGAACCUGGAGGAAAAACUGCGCAGGCUCCUCUUUCUCAACGGCGACGCAAACUACGCGGAGCUCUCUGACUCACAAAUGCAAGAGUAUUUCCGCAUCGUGAACUUGUCCAUUCGGAAGGUCUACAGAGAGAUAGCUUUAAGGGAAACGGGAGACCGCAAGCGAAAUGAACCACGCACCAGCGGACCAUUACAUAGCCAAGACUGCCAGGGAAGAAAUCUCUAUGGCUGCCAAGACACAUGCAGCAAUGAGCCCAACGGAGCACGUAAGCGCAGUGGCGGCAUAACGACCUCUGAAGCUCCUCCUCUGGGGAAUAUCGCAGAGAAGAACGAGGCUGUUGGACACAAUGUUCGGGACAGUGUGGGCACCACGCGCAACUGUUGCAAUCCAGUGCAUGUCCCUUUUGUCGCUGGCAGCACGGCUACUAGCAUUGCCACGCAGCGCAUGUUGGUGCAUGACUCACGUUUGACACCUCGGCACACGUCUAUCGAACGUACUUUGCCCCCAGAAUGA